AUGAAGGGCUCAAUUGAUGUCUACCGUCUCGACGAUGGAGAUGGAAAAAGAGAGAGGCCGAUUUAUGUGCCGUUUUCCAGGUACAGAGCCAUCUAUACAACCGGGGAGGCGAAAGAAAAUUUAUCGCUCCCUCUUUCCAUGGUUCCGAACGAACCGCCAGGAGGGGCGUUUCAUCUGCCAAACUCUGCGACGUUCUGCCUGUCUUAUCUUGAGCAGAUGAAACACCACCAGCACAUCUCCAAGACCCAUCUUCCUCUUCACAUCUCCCUCACUAGUUCCGUCACAAUGGGAUCCCUCGUCCAUUUCCACGAAUCCGACUUCACUCGUGAGACUCGCGCUGCUCACAUUGGUCAAAGAGGCUUCACGGUCUGGUUCACUGGUAUUUCAGGCUCCGGAAAGUCUACCAUCGCUGUAGCCCUCGAGAAGGAGCUCAUUUCCAAACGCAAGCUCGUUACUUACCGACUUGAUGGCGAUAACAUCCGCACUGGUCUCAACAAGGGCCUCAAAUGGUCGGCAGCAGACCGAACUGAGAACAUUCGCCGUAUUGGUGAGGUAGCCAAGCUCUUCGCCGACUGCGGGAUUGUUACUCUUACUUCUUUUAUCUCACCGUUCGCCGUCGACCGAGCUGCCGCGCGUAAGCUGCACGAGCUAUCAGAGGCAGAGAAGGAAAGAGGAGAAACUCCUCUGCCGUUCAUUGAGGUUUACGUCGAAGCACCUGAAGAUGUCGCCUUCAAAAGAGAUAAGAAGGGUCUUUUGAGAAUGCAGAAAAGUGGAAUGGUGAAGCUCUCGGGUGCAGGCAAGUCGGGUGAUGAAGAAUACAAUAUUCCAGAAAAUCCUGAGAUACACAUCAACAAUGACGAAAACAUGACCAUGGAGAUUGCCGUCAAGCUUAUCAUCGACUACCUUGAAAAGAGGGGCCUACUCGAUAGCCCACCAGACAUUGCGACUGCUGAAGCUGAAUCCGCGAAGCGUGUGAAGGAGGGCCAGGACAUCAAAGAAAAGAGACUGCUGCGUGAGCUAGACGAGAAGGAUGCCGCCGUCAAAGCCGCCGUGGCUGCCGGUAACAGUGAGCAGAUUGAAGAUGCCCGGAAAAGUGCAGCCUUGGCUGCUGGUGCUCUCAAGUCCUUUAUCGCCAACAAGCAUAGAGCGAUCGAUGAGGCCGCCAAAGCUGCUGAAGAAGCUGCAGCUGCCAAAGCAGCCGAAGCUGAAGAAGCCAACAAACUUGCACAAGCUACACGUGCUGAGGCUGCCAAGUUGGCCCAAGAUCUCGCUACCUACGAUGCCGAAACUUCUGCUCGUACCACUGCUAAUUAA